AUGCAUCCUAGAUUUGUCAAAGGCGCCAGAGGCGAAAAAGUUCGUUUCUUCCAGUCUUCGAUCCCAUACUUGAAUAACAACGCGCUUACGCUUUACUCCAGCGGGAAAACUGCCCCUUGGACUCUGGAGGAACCCCAUCCUUCGAGCCAUCGAAUCUUGUCUUUGUCCAAUGGCCACUAUGGAAUCUAUUUCACACUCAUAAACCAUGAGCUUAGGCGAGAAGACCGCUCGCAGCUUUCAGAUCAGGCGGCGCCUGUUCUUGUGCUUUUCGUUCCCAAGUCAUACCGGCCCUUUUUCCCAGAGUUUUUCAUCUCCAAAGCAAAUCUGGAUAUCAACAAAAGCAUCUCCGAGUUGAAAUCGGUUCUGCGUAAGUUCCUUUCUACAUGGUCGCUUGUUCGGCCAAAGGGUAUUUUGCUGCUCUAUGGUGGUCGCCGUCAUUACUCGACAUCCUCCAAGGUUCCGUCGGAGAAUAUUCCUGAAAAAGAGGAAGAUGACUUCGAGUCAAGCUUCCAGAAAUCCCAAGUGGAUAAGAUCGUCAACACCUUCAUUUCUCAUGAAUGUCCUGAAGAUUUAAAUGUCAUAUAUCCUCUCUACCAGGGCUUGAAAAGAAACCACAUCCCUCUCCCCUCAGUCCACGAAUACAACAUUGUGUUGAAGUCGAUUUCCAUGAGAGAGUUGGACAGCCAGUGCACAAUUUCAGCGAUAGAAUCGAAGCUUACCAGCUUAUUGACAGUGUAUGAGGAUCUUUUGGCCGUUUGCUCCCGUGAUGCAGCUUUCAAGCCCAAUACGGAAACGUACAAUGUGAUUCUUGCUGACAUUUUCAAGGGGGCUUUGGAAGCAUCACAAAUUGCUCUGGCCUCUAAUAUCGCUACAGAAGAUUACCAAACUGGGCUAAUAAAGGCAACUGAGUUUUGCCAAGUUGGUGUGGAGUUGUUUUUAUCCAUUAAAGAACCAAAAGAGCUCGAUCUAAACACUAUUUUGCCGAACAUGGUGUCGUCUAUCAACGCUCUUCCUAACGUUUUGACUCUGAAGUCUGCCAAAGCAUUGAUUUCGCUUCAGGAUGCCCAAAUUAGCAACGCAAAGUUUUACUCUGGCCUUAUUGACCUUUCGAGAAACUUCAAAACUUUAAAUGUUUUGGGGCUGGACAACAAAGAAAUAUACGACUUUGUGUCGAAUGUUUUUAACAGUUUCAAAUCAAGCUGCCAAUUAUUCCCCCACUUGGCUCAUCUGGAAUUCGAUGUAUAUUUCGCUUUAAUCCAAGCAUUGGUCAGUAACGGAAACUUGGCCAUGGCUACGAAAUUCUUGGACACCAUUCUACUUGAUUACAAGGACAUGGUUUUAAACGAGAACACUUCUUUAUCGUCAAGGAAAAUGGAUGUUUCUGCAUUGAUUUCUGGGUACCUCGAUGCCAUAAUGGCGUCUGGAAAACCAGAAGACUUGAACAGAGCCUAUAACUUGUUCAACCGUUUUAAGCAGAUCACUUAUAUCCCGGAACUUACCAUCGAUGUGCUCAAUUCCCUCAUCAACAACUUCAUCAAUCGGUAUUCUCUUUUGGAAUUGGAAAAAUUGUCUGCAACAGAUCAGGAUUCUAUCUCAAAGGAACAAUACACCAUCUAUACGAAAAUCUGGGAACUUUAUGAGUACGCUGCUAUCAGGAAGGACUUUCUGCCUGCGAUGCUUGCCAUGGCCAAGUCACAAGGGAAAAAGGUAAAUUGCAGGGACUUUUUACUCUCUCUCAGUCUCGAUUUGAAUGACCAUUCCAAAGUAUCGAGAUUGUUGAAAGAAAUUUUUCUUCACGACCAUAUUAUCAGUAACUGGAAUAUUUCUCAGAAAGUAUGCUUGUACCUUCUGAAUGGUGUGAGUGCAUAUGGUAACUCUUAUUACUCCAACCUUUUGUGGAGUUUUGUGGAACAACAGGGACAGCAUUAUUCGGAUGAUGCCACUGAGUUGAAUAAAUUUUUAAGCCAGCAUGUCGCAUUCGUUUUGCAUAAUAGUGUGGAGAAUCUUAACCUUCUUUUGAAUUCGAAGGUUAUUUCGCGUGCAUUUUCAAAUUUCUCAUUAGAAACAGACAACAUUCACGGACUCAUGUCUAUUUGCAUGUACUUUAUGUCCUUCAUUCAGAAUUCUCCUUUGAAUCAUCACCAAGCUUUCAAGGUUUUGCAAUUUGAGUCCUGUUUGAUCAAUCAGUUUGAAGACACCACGAAUCAUUACAUUGAACUUUCCUCUGAGCUCACUCAAUUCAAGGAAGCUUUGUAUGGUUCAUUCAGAUCUUUAUUCACAAACUCUCCACCAGAAUUUUGUACCAAGGAUGUCUCCGAGGCUUGCAAAGCUUUGGGAUUGGAAACUGUGUUUUCUUCUCAAGUGAGUUCUCUUUCCGAUGACCAUUUCCUGUUGGAUUUGUCCGCGUAUUUCAAUGUCAAUUAUCACGGCGCAGUGGACCGAUUUGUGGAGGAAUUUCAAUCGGGAUGUAAUUUUAAUCAAUUGACUUGGAGUCUUGUGAUGAACAGAAAUUUCAUCAUGGACGUAUUAGAGAAGGAUUCCAUCAUCAAAAUCUCUGAGUUCACAGAGCGUCUUUUGAAGCUGAGACUUGAAGCAAGUGAGGUCAUGCAUUUAUUGGGCUCAUUGAUUGAAUUGAAAAACGACAAAGUGAACAUUGAGGUGUUGAAACAUCUUCAGACUAACCAUCGUAAAGUUUUACUGCGUGAUAGUGUGUUGAACCGCUUUGCGGAACAUGCAUCUCUAACAGACAACACAUAUUUCUUGAAAAUAUUUUCUGAUGACCUUAAUAACUUGGUUCAUGAAAACAAGAGCAAGGUUUGGCUUGGUAAGCUUUUCUCUAAGUUGGUUCAUAUUGGCCAGUCGGAUAAAGUGUGCCAAUUUUUAGAUCAAGAUUUUGCACAGGUGCUUAGUUUGAAUGUUGGUAAACCAUCAGACGAAUUCUUUUUGAAUGUGGUUUUGAACGCGCUUAUGGACACUGGGAAGGAAACAGAAGUUAGCCUGAUAUUCCGCCACUAUUUUAGUGGUGUGGAAGGAAAUAAAUUGUUGUUGCUGUCUGAACCUUUGUUGACAUGUUUGAUCAACUAUUACAUUCUGAAUGGUGAGUAUGAAACAAUUUUGCUGAAGUUUGGGCCACUUCAAGACCGGUCGCUGAAGAUCAGACAAUCCAUUGAGUUCGCUCGCUUUAUGGCCUCUUUGGAAGGAAAGGAAGUUCUGAAGAUGCAGAAUUCCAACAUGAAAGAGACUGUUGGUACAGUCGCUCUUGCUCUUCUUCAGGAAAACCGGACGAAAAACAUGCGAGACAUAUUUCAAGAAAACAGGCUUUCGGCUCGGAAUCGUGAACAAUUGUUUGAUUGCUUAAUAAAGUAUUUAACUAAAGCGUCUCGAUUGAGUGGGCAAAGUCAUGUUGCCAUCUUAACUUAUAAGUUUGAAUCGGUUUUGAAAUUUUGCAAGGAGAUUCGCAUGGACGAGCUCAGCGUUGAUAAUUUAAUCACCAUCGUCAGGUUCCUCGGAGCCAUCAAAUCCAAGACUUUAUUAAAUGUUCUUGUCAACAAAGCUGUUUGCGACAACACAAUAGUGCCAAGCUUCAACUUUUACUUUUUGCGGUUCACAAUUCCAUCUCCACGUGCUGGCUUACGGUUGUUAGAGGAGUUCGAGAAAGCGCUUGCAGAGACUGGUGAUGACGUGAAUUUAAGCAUGGUCACUGACUGUGCACAUGCUAUGGUGUAG